UUCAGAGCAGUCACAGCAGGAAAUGGAGCUUUCAGCUGAGUCAGAGAAACUGCACCUGAUUGAGGCUCAUUUGGAGCCUGUUGGAUGGACGAGUUCCCCAGGUGAACGUUACUCAGACUCUGCAUCAUCAGAGUUCAGUGACGAUGUGUCCAGCAUGGACGGUCUGUGGCAGCCUGAGCGUCUGUGCCCGGAGACGGACACGGUGUCGGGAGCUGAAGGCGAUGUGAGACGUUUGGCCAGAAGGAAACUUUCCAUCGCCUGCUUCAUCAGCCUCAUCUUCAUGAUUGGAGAGGUGAUUGGCGGAUACGCUGCUCACAGCCUGGCCAUCAUGACAGACGCAGCUCAUCUACUGACGGACUUUGGCAGCAUUGUGAUCAGCCUCUUCUCUCUGUGGAUCUCGUCCAGGCCACAAACACACACCAUGACGUUUGGCUGGCAUCGAGCAGAGAUUCUGGGCAUGUUGCUGUCCGUUGUGUCCAUCUGGUUGGUGACAGCACUGUUGGUCAUCUCGGCCAUGCACAGGAUCACUGAGGCGGACUACGACAUCGACAGUCAGAUCAUGCUCAUAACCUCCGGAUGUGCUGUGGUGGUCAACGUCCUGAUGGUCCUGAUCCUCCAUCAGUCUGGAGCCUCACACGGACACAGCCACGGCUUUUCAACCAGCCAGCAGCAGAGGGACAAACACAGUCAGAGUCACGGUCACCAUCACAGUCAUCAUCACAGCCACAGCAACGCAAGCGUGAAGGCCGCUUUCAUCCACGUGGUGGGAGAUCUGCUGCAAAGUGUGGGAGUCCUGCUGGCGGCCACCAUCAUCCACUUCUGGCCUGAGUACAAAGUGGCAGAUCCGAUUUGUACGUUCCUGUUCUCGGUUCUUGUCCUCGGAACGACACUUCCAGUCACAAAGGACAUUUUCCGGAUACUGAUGGAGGGCGCUCCUCAGCUCAUCAACUUCAACGCUGUGAGAGAUCUGCUGCUGUCUGUCAGAGGAGUGGUUGCUGUUCACAGCUUGCACAUGUGGAGUCUCAACAUGAACCACUCUUUACUUUCUGUUCACGUGACCACAGAAGGAAACGCUGACUCACAGAUGGUCCUCACGAAGACAACAAAGCUCCUGCGCUCUGAGUUCGGGUUCUCCAGUAUCACAAUCCAAGUGGAGCGCUAAAGAGACGUAAACGGGACUGCGAUAGACUGAUAACAGGGCAGGAACUUGCUCAAUCACUGGUUACUCCUGCACAAAAAGGCUCCUGGGGUUUGUGUUUACAACGAUUUCAAUGACUCCUGUAAUGCAUGGCUCUCAGCUGUAAUCCUUACACCGCUCUGCAGCCCUCAGUGCUACUGUUUAUAGACCCAGCAGUUUGGAAAAAUGUGACCAAUAAUUUACAUUUUAUUUAUGUAACAGCUGAUAUAAGAAACCCUGUUACCGUAUGUAUUUGACUUUCAAAAUGAUCUCUGCAGAGAUGUAACUGUGUGGCCUGAUGAUCACUUUUUAAAGCACUUUUUAUAAAUACAGCCGGGUCAGUAUUUGGUGGAAAAGGGAGCAUUAGGACAUUUUGGCAGUUUUAUAAUAAGGUGAGUUUAGGAUUUCAGGAUUUCAGGAUACUUGUGUAUUAGAUCUUUAUAUUGAGCCAGGACAGAGACAGAGACUUAGGAACUGGUGUUUGAUUUUUCUUGUCCUAAGUUAGGUCCACACUCAUAUUACUACAGUUAAAGUUAAGUUAGUAAGUUCUUUUAAUUGAACACAAGUUAAAAAUUAUUCCUGUGUUGUGUUAUUGUUUGUUUUGUCAUUUUCUGAUAUAAACAAAAUAUUUAAGCCUUUAGAGGUCUUCUUUUUCUUGCAACAUUAAA